AUGUAUAGCCAGACACACCAACAGCAGCAUGUCAUCAUGAAUGGCGGCCAGGCUCACCAGCGGUUUGGUAUGCAGAUGAAGUUUCAGACGCAGAACCACCACCCGCACCCCGCACAGCAACCACAUCACCACGCACACCACAAUCAGCCUCCCCAACACGUUGGCCACCAACACAACUUCUCCAGCGGGGCUUUGGCGUCCGCUACCCCACACUUCACCCCUAGCCACAUUCAGAACGGAACACACACCAAUAUUGACGAAGAACUUGACGAGUCUAUGAACGAACAUUGGCAACAGCAGCUUCAGCUCGCUGCCGAGUCCCGACAGGCCAGCUCACCCCACUACUAUGCUCGUGCCGUAGCUCAGCAGACCAAGGGCAUCCAAAUCGCACCCAGCCAGCCGGAGGCUCAAGAAAAUGGUGUCAAUCAGAAGAAUGGGAUCACGAAGACAAAGCCCGCCUCACGGCAGGGCUGGCAUGCGCUGGAUUUCGGCGGCCAAGGACUGCGGGCUCUGGCACCGUCACUGUUCAAGUACGCCUUCUUGGAGAAGCUUUAUCUCAGUCACAACAAAUUGAAAGUACUGCCUCCGCAGAUUGGGCAACUGCGGAAGCUCACCCACUUGGAUUUAUCUGCCAACGAUCUUACCGAGCUUCCAGAAGAAAUCGGCAUGCUCACUAACUUGAGGCACCUUCUUCUGUUCGAUAACAAUAUUCGCACCCUUCCCUACGAGAUGGGAUAUCUUUACCGACUGGAGAUUCUGGGAAUUGAGGGUAACCCAUUGGAGGACGUUCUGAAGUCUCUGAUCAUGAAAGAGGGCACCAAAGCCCUGAUUAGGUAUCUUAAAGAAGAGAUGCCAGUGCAUGUUCCUCCUCCCGCACGAGACUGGCUCGUUCUCGAUGAGACCGCAGCUACUUCUCCAGACAAGGUUUCCGUACUCUCCUACAACACACUUUGCGAUUCCUCUGCGACCCAAUCACACUACGGCUAUGCUCCGUCCCGCGUCCUGUCUUGGGAAUUCAGACGAGAGACCAUCCUUAAUGAGCUCAGAGCUCAUGACCCGGAUAUUAUCUGUCUGCAGGAGAUUGACCAAGGAAGCUACAAUGAGUUUUUCAGGGAGCAAUUGGCCUACAGUGAUUAUAAGGGUGUGUUUUGGCCCCGAGGAAGGGCUAUGGGCAUGCAGGAGGAGGACGCCAAGGGUGUUGAUGGAUGUGCUACCUUCUUCAAGGGAAGCAAAUUCAUUCUUCUAGACAAGCAGGUGAUCAACUUCGGUCAGACGGCGGUACGGAGGCCGGAUGCUAAAGGUCAAGACGAUAUCUAUAAUCGGCUAUGGCAGAAAGACCACAUCGCCGUCAUCGUGUUUUUGGAGAACCGGCAAACUGGAUCCCGGUUCAUCAUUGUCAAUGCUCAUCUCUAUUGGGAUCCUGCUUUCAAGGAUGUGAAGUUGAUUCAGACAGCUAUCCUUAUGGAGGAGAUUACAAAACACUCGGAGAAGUACGCAAAGUGGCCUCCGUGCACGGACAAGGCUGCCUUCCGCUUCCGAGAAGCACAAGGCGAGCAGACGAUGCCCGAGCCCGCCCCCUCCGCGGAGUACGCCAGUGGUGACCAAAUUCCGCUAUUCAUGUGUGGAGAUUUCAACUCGUCACCUGGAUCCGCAGCGUACAACCUCAUCGCCAACGGAGGGUUGAUUGAAGAGCAUCCGGACCUGGAGAAACGUAUGUACGGAAAUCUAAGCAAAGUUGGCAUGACGCAUCCCUUCAAGCUCAAGUCGGCAUACGGUGCCAUUGGCGAAUUGAGCUUUACAAAUUACACCCCCGACUUCAAGGAUAUACUCGACUACAUCUGGUACUCAUCGAAUACGGUGCACGUCUCGGGAUUACUAGGCGAGGUGGACAAGGACUAUCUACAGAGGGUGCCUGGAUUCCCCAACUAUCAUUUCCCAAGUGAUCAUAUCGCAUUGUUAGCGGAGUUUUCAGUUAAAGGUAAAAAGGGCAAGGUUGUGGAAGCGGAUUUUGGACCGCAACGAAACUGA